UUUCCAAUACUUUGUUUUAAAUAUUUCAGUAAAAAAGAUGAAAGUAGACUUAUUCCCUAUCUAUUCAGAAUGCAGGUUCUUACCUAAUAAAUAAGUUGGAUGAGGCACAUAGCUUUUAGUACUUUACACACCUUUUAGGCUGAUUUUAGACAUACUCCUUUUAUGUCUUUAUUAGAAUUUCAUGACAUGAUUGUUGUUGAAGAAUAAUGAGCACUUUUCCUCCACAAGCUCUAUGUGCUACUGUUAGAGAAAUCUGACCUGUUCUUCAGCCAGUAACUAAUUCUAUGGUUUGACUGUAUUUGUGACUUUUUUUAUACCUAUAGAAUCUAAUCCUUAUUUACUGCAUCAUCCUUAUGUAUAGGACCAUACAGGCCAAAUCCUACUAGAUUUGCAAAGUGCCCUCAACUCUCACUGAAUUCAUUUGAAUUUGUAGAAGGUUCUCAAUACCUUUUCAGGUUUGGGAGGCCUGAAGAUGCAGGAAAUGCAUGCAAAGCUUCUUGAAAAAGGCCUACCAUUCAGGUAUGUUAUCAUUUGCAGUUCUGAGAGGUGGACCUAUUCAAGGAGCCUACAGGCUGCGACAACUUCAUUUUCACUGGGGUUCUUCUGAUGAUUAUGGCUCAGAGCACAUUGUGGAUGGAGUGAAAUAUGCAGCAGAGCUUCACAUGGUGCACUGGAAUCCAAAACAUGGUAAUUUUGCUCCAGCUUUGAAACAACGUGAUGGAGUGGCUGUAGUGGGUGUUUUUCUGCAAGUAGGGAAAACUCUUAAACGAGAGAUGAAAAGAAUUCUUGAAGAAAUAGACUCUAUCAAGACCAAGGGGAAAGAGAGUCCUUUUCUACACUUUGAUCCAUCAAUCCUUUUCCCCAAGUCUCGGGACUACUGGACCUAUGAGGGCUCCUUCACUACACCUCCUUGUGAAGAGUGCGUCACCUGGAUUCUUCUAAGGGAGCCUAUUGUUGUCAGCCCAGACCAGAUGGCAAAGCUACGGAGCCUUUCCAUGAACACUGAGAAUGAACCUUUUCGCCCCCUGGUGGAUAACUGGCGUCCUCUACAGCCUCUGAAGGGCAGGGUCGUGAGAGCCUCCUUCAAAUAAAUUUCUGUUGAAAUUGGGUGCCUUUUGAGUAAGAAAAUUCCCAGCUGCCAAAGCCUAGGUAGCAAUGUACUCUCUGCUGCUCUCCUCCUGGACUGAAAAGGCUGAAAGUCUGAGUAAUGAAAUAUGGUGGAUCACUGACUCUGAUUUUUAGCAGAGAAAAUUUGUCUUGGGUAAUUUUUAAAGGUUAAUACGGAAAUGUGGAGUCUCUGUUGGGCUCAUAACAACAGCUUUAGCUUUAAACGGGCCCUUUCUGCCAAGAGCUGUUGGGAGUAAAAUGAGCUAGGUUCAAUACCUAGAUAUCUAGAGGUGUCUUCAUAUUAAAAAGCAUAAUCAUUUUAAGUCUUUACACAGAAAAUUGAGAAAACGGAACACCUCUGCUAGAUACCCUAAUAGACAGUAUUUCCCUCCUUGCUAGCUUUCAGUGUCUGUACAGAACAAUGGGAAUUUAAUUAGGGGAGGAAUGCAAUAUAAAUUAUGACUCCAAAUAGUAUCUAAUGAAUAAAUGUUCUUUUAAAAUACUGCUGUUCCCUUCCUCUGCUGCCUCUCACUUGCAGUUUGUUGUCAGAGAUUCAAACAAAGAAUCAAGAGCUGCCUUCAGGAAAUGCACCUCCCACCUUUGUAGGUGGGAAAGAGUGCUGUCUUUCCCAGUGUU